GGUCAGACUGUUGGAGGAGGAAUAGUGAGGCAGGGACACAGAAAUGGACGAAAGGACAGAAGAGAAACAAGGACACAGAGACUUAUACAGAGAAGAAAACACGUAGUGGUCUCAGACAAAGCACAGGACCCAAACCCAGUUAUACAGAAGAGAUUGAGAGUUGUGAACCCUGAUGUUUGAGGCAUCUGCUCUUUCUAAGCAUUGCAUCAGAAGAUCAAUUCCAUUUGCAACCCCUACUCAUCUAGAGGGCAGAGGACUAGCUCAUAUAACCUUACCUGAGAAGGAAGACCAGAAGAAGAGGGGGAAAAAAAAAGGAGGAAUGGCUCUUUUCCAGGUGCUGUUGACCUUCAGGGAUGUGACCAUAGAUUUCUCUCAGGAGGAGUGGGAGUGCCUGGACCCCGCUCAGAGGGCCUUGUACCGGGACGUGAUGCUGGAGAACUACAGGAACCUGGUCUCCCUGGGUGUGGAUAAAGUGCGUCCAGAUGUUGGGAUCUGCCCUAAUAUUUCUGUUAGAAGUGUGAUUAAGGAAUUAUCAACAAAAGAGGAUAUUAACAAAGAAGAACUGUUUCAAACACUGAUGUUGGAAAGACACAAAAGAAAUGACAUCAAGGGUUUGGGUUUCAGAGAGGCCCAGCAAAAUACACAUGAGUUUGAGAGUCACUAUGGAUAUAAUGAAACAAAUUACAAAGGAGUAACUGCAGCCCAUAACCACAGUUUCACUGGUAGAAGAGAUCAACAGCAUAACAUCUCCUGGAAUGUUUUCCCUCUAGAACAGGAUGUUUCUGUAAGGAAAAGUACUUCUCAAUCUUACAAAUGCGAGAAGUCAUAUAAAAGUUAUUUGUUAAAACUAGAAAAUAACAUAACUUGUGCAGGAAACAAGUAUAUAAAAUGUUUUGAAAAUGGGAUUGGAUUAAGGUUUCAGUCACAUCUGACUGACCUUCAGAAGUUUCAAACUGAAGAGAAAAUUCAUGCAUGUUAUCAAGUUGAGAGGUUGAUCAACAGUAGUUCUGCGUCGCCAUUUCAAAGAAUUCCUUCUGAUAUCAACAUUAGCAUUUGUAGUAAAUCCAGGAAAUUUCUUAUUCAUCCUCCAUUACUUACACAUCAAAAACCACAUAAUAAUGAAGAGCCUUACAAAUGUAAUGAUUGUGGGAAGGCUUUUAGAGGAAGCUCAAACCUCACCAAUCAUCAAAGAAUUCAUUCUGGGCAGAAACCUUACAAAUGUAAUGACUGUGACAAAUCCUUUAACCGGAUCUCACACCUCACUAGACACCAGAGGAUCCAUACUGGAGAGAAACCAUAUAAAUGUAAUGUGUGUGGGAAGGUCUAUAGUCAACAUUCAAAUCUUACAAUUCAUCAGAGAGUUCAUACAGGAGAGAAGCCUUACAAAUGUAAUGAGUGUGGCAAAGCCUUUACCGAAUUUGCAAAACUUACUAGACAUCAGAGAAUCCAUACCAGAGAGAAACCAUAUAAGUGUAAUAUAUGUGGCAAGGGUUAUAGUCAAAAUUCAAAUCUUUCACGGCAUCAGAAAAUUCAUACAGGAGAGAAACCUUACAAAUGUAAUGAAUGUGGCAAAGCUUUUUCUGAGUAUUCAAGCCUUACUCGACAUAAGCGAAUCCAUUCUGGAGAGAAACCUUAUAAAUGUAAUGAAUGUGGGAAAACCUUCAGAGGAAGCUCAAAUCUCACCCUUCAUCAAAGAAUUCAUUCUGGGCAGAGACCGUACAAAUGUAAUGAGUGUGACAAAUCCUUUAACUGCAUCUCACACCUCACUAGACACCAGAGAAUCCAUACUGGAGAGAAACCAUAUAAAUGUGAUGUGUGUGGCAAGGUCUGUAGUCAAUAUUCAAAUCUUGUAAUUCAUCAGAGAGUUCAUACAGGAGAGAAGCCUUACAAAUGUAAUGAGUGUGGCAAAGCCUUUAUGGAGCAUUCAAGCCUUACUCAACAUAAGAGAAUCCAUAGCGGAGAAAAGCCUUACAAAUGUGAAGAAUGUGGCAAAGCCUUUACCCAAUUUGCAAAACUUACUAGACAUCAGAGAAUCCAUACCAGAGAGAAACCAUAUAAGUGUAAUAUAUGUGGCAAGGGCUGUAGUCAAAAUUCAAAUCUUUCACGGCAUCAGAAAAUUCAUACAGGAGAGAAACCUUACAAAUGUAAUGAAUGUGGCAAAGCUUUUUCUGAGUAUUCAAGCCUUACUCGACAUAAGCGAAUCCAUUCUGGAGAGAAACCUUAUAAAUGUAAUGAAUGUGGGAAAACCUUCAGAGGAAGCUCAAAUCUCACCCUUCAUCAAAGAAUUCAUUCUGGGCAGAGACCGUACAAAUGUAAUGAGUGUGACAAAUCCUUUAACUGCAUCUCACACCUCACUAGACACCAGAGAAUCCAUACUGGAGAGAAACCAUAUAAAUGUGAUGUGUGUGGCAAGGUCUGUAGUCAAUAUUCAAAUCUUGUAAUUCAUCAGAGAGUUCAUACAGGAGAGAAGCCUUACAAAUGUAAUGAGUGUGGCAAAGCCUUUAUGGAGCAUUCAAGCCUUACUCAACAUAAGAGAAUCCAUAGCGGAGAAAAGCCUUACAAAUGUGAAGAAUGUGGCAAAGCCUUUACCCAAUUUGCAAAACUUACUAGACAUCAGAGAAUCCAUACCAGAGAGAAACCAUGUAAGUGUAAUAUAUGUGGCAAGGGUUAUAGUCAAAAUUCAAAUCUUUCACGGCAUCAGAAAAUUCAUACAGGAGAGAAACCUUACAAAUGUAAUGAAUGUGGCAAAGCCUUUUCUGAGUAUUCAAGCCUUACUAGACAUAAACAAAUCCAUUCUGGAGAGAAACCUUAUAAAUGUAAUGAUUGUGGGAAAACUUUUAGAGGCAGCUCAAACCUCACCAAUCAUCAGAGAACUUCUGGGCAGAGAUCUUACAAAUGUGAUGAGUGUGACAAAUCCUUUAACUGCAUCUCACACCUCACUAGACACCAGAGAAUCCAUACUGGAGAGAAACCAUAUAAAUGUGAUGUGUGUGGCAAGGUCUGUAGUCAAUAUUCAAAUCUUGUAAUUCAUCAGAGAGUUCAUACAGGAGAGAAGCCUUACAAAUGUAAUGAGUGUGGCAAAGCCUUUAUGGAGGGUUCAAGCCUUACUCAACAUAAGAGAAUCCAUAGUGGAGAAAAGCCUUACAAAUGUAAAGAAUGUGGCAAAGCCUUUAACCAGUCCUCUAACCUUGUCAUACAUCAGAUGAUUUAUACUGGAGAGAAGCCUUACAAAUGUAAUGAGUGUGGCAAAGCCUUUAAUGUGUGUUCAAGCCUUGUCCGGCAUCAAAGAAUCCAUACUGGAGAGAAGCCUUACAAAUGCAAUGAAUGUGGCAAGUCCUUUACUCAAUUUGCAAACCUUACUAGACAUGAGAAGAUGCAUACUGAAUAGAAACACUGUAAAUUCAAUACGUGUAGAAAUGCUAUUGUCCAAAAAUCAAGUACUGGGGAUCAUCAGAGAAUCUGUAGUGAAGAGAAACCUCACAAAUAACAAUGUUUAUAGUAAAACCUUUAAUGUGUGUUCAAGACUUACUCAACAUCAAAGAAUCCAUGCUGAAUAGAAACCAUAUAAAAGUCAUGUAUUUGCAAAGCUUGUAACGAGGGUUCACGUUUAAUUAGACCCCAGAAUAUGCAUCUUUGAAAGAAACCACAAAAAGGUAAAGGGUAUGGCAAGGCUUUUAUCCAAAGAUCAAGCGUAUGUAAUGUCUCCUACUGGAAAGAAACCAUAUAAAUAUAAUGAAUGUGUUAAACUUUUGUCAGAUGUUAAAAUGUUUACCUUAGGGGCCAUGAGAGAAAACAUACAAAUGUAUUGAAAAUGGCAAGGCCUUUAGACAAUGGUCUGACUUUUAAGAUUCAUCAGAGAGUUGAUAUUGUAGAGAAACCUUAAAAAUGAAAUGAUGUGAUAAUUUCUUUAACCAUUUCUCACAAUCAGCUACACAUCAGAUAAUUCAUAGUGGAGAAGAUAAUGUCUAAGUUCUCCUGAAGGAUUAUUCAAUUAAAUUCCAAAUAAUGUUGGGGCGCCUGGGUGGCUCAGUCGUUGAGUGUCCGACUUUGGCUCAGGUCAUGAUCUCGCGGUCUGUGGGUUCGAGCCCCGUGUGGGGCUCUGGGCUAACAGCUCAGAACCUGGAGCCUGCUUCAUAUUCUGGGUCUCCCUCUCUCUCUGCCCUCUCCGGCUCAUGCUGUCUCUCUCUGUCUCAAAAAUAAAUAAACUAAAAAAAAAAAAUUAAAAAAAAAUUCCAAAUAAUGUUAAUAGUGAUUAGUUAAAAAAUCAAAAUAAUACCUAUUAAUUGGUUAUUUAAGUUACAAGGCUAUCUGUGAAAAGGUCCUGUUACUUUCCUCUUAUUAUAUAGUUUAUUUCAGGUUUCUUGAAAAGACCAAGUUACUGUUGAUUUUCAUCCUGAGGUUUGAAAUCUGUUCAUGUUAUACCUUCAUUACAAUCCUUUCAUGUCACCAUGAAGAUCUCUUGGAAGGAUUUAAUAAGAUAAAAGGGCAAACUUCAUUAGGUGAUGUUCAUCCAUGUCCAGAGUUUCCUGCAAGAACAAGAACCAUGAAUUUGAGUGACAGUGUGGGUGGCAUAUAGUGGAUGUAAAACUAUGAUCUCAGUCUUCAAGAUCAAUGUGUUAAGGACCCUCUUCUCCAGAUUUGUUGGUAUGGGGCUUUUAUAGUGGAACUGAGGAGAGUAUUGAAUGUGGCUUAAACUUCCCAACCAAUGCCAAAGAAAGAGUAGAUAGGCUAUCUAAUCAGCUUACCUAAUUGGUAGAAGGGAGGAGGGAUGGGAGACUUGAAGCCGUUAAUAGUCAAAUAAUUAAAAAAUGAAGUCAGAAUGGGGCACCUGGAUGAUUCAGUCAAUUAAGCGUUGGACUCUUGAUCUUGGCCCAGGUCAUGCUCUUGCAGUUUCUGAGCUUGAGCCCAACAUCAGAUCUGCACUAACAGUGUAGAGCCUGCCUGGGAUUCUGUCUCUUCCUCUCUCUGUCCCUCCCUCCCUCCCUCCCUCUCUCAAAAUGAAUAAACAAAAAAUAAAGUCAGACUAAUUUAACACUGUUUACUCUUUAAGUUUUUCACUUCUUGGUUGGGAAAGAUGAGUUUUCCUUGUGCUAAUAAUCACGUGUCCUUUGCUGCACAUGUAGGAUCAUUUAUAUAAUAUGUUGAAAGUGUUUGUGAAAUACUGUUUAGAUAAGUUGCCUGUGACAUUUUUAGGGUAAUUUGAUGAAAAUGAAUGUGUAGGAAGUUUUAUCAGACAAUAGAUAUGAUUUAGGGAUUUUACUAGGAAAGCAGUUUUUCAAAGGCUAUCAAAAUCUCAAUUUGGGAUUAUGGUAACAAGCCUUAUGGUUCAUGGUUCUUUUUCAACUUUGCUGGAGAUUCAUUUUAAUUUUCUUUUUUUUUUUUUAACUUUUUAAAUGUUUAUAUAUUUUUAAGAGGAAGAGAGAGACAGAGUGUGAGCAGGGAAGAGAUAGAAAGAGAGAGAAACACAGAAUCUGAAGCAGGCUCCAGGCUCUGCGCCAACAGCACAGAGACCAAUGCAGGGCUAAAACUCACAAACCACGAGACCAUGACCUGAGCUGAAGUCAGCUGUUUAACCGACUGAGCCACCCAGGCACAUCUCAUGUUGAUUUUCUUAUAAGUUUUUUUCUUACCACUUUUCCCUUCACAUCUUUUAAAUCAACUUAUAUAUUUAAUUUACAUUUUAUCCCUUUAGUCAGUAAAAAAUUUGGAGGAUGUAUGACAAAGGGCUUCUGAAACUUUUACAACAUAAAAAUGAGAGGUACAAAGUGCUUUAUGAAUGUAAAGAAAGAGGGUCUGUCAUGUCUUUAGUUCAGUGUAACAAUUGCAAUGGUACAGGAUGAUGAACUGGUAUCUUGUAAUGUGGAGGCAGGAGACCUAGUGCUUCCCUGAAAGUCACACUAGAAUUUUAGUUAAAAAUAUGCUCAUUUCACCUGAAAAGUUUCUAAAAUACAUGCUCUUUCUGCUGUUAAAAUUGCUGUCAUCAUCACUUCUGUUGCAAUGGAGAUUGGGACCCAUAUCUCCAAGGUCUUGCAGGACAGUCAGUCAGAAUGUUUUCCUGAAUUCAAUGCAAAUAUAAUGGAUAUUUGUUCAUUUUAUUUAUAUAUAAUUCACAUGCCAUAAAACUGACACCUUAACUAUGUACAAUUAAGUCACUUUGUAUUCACAAUUUUGUAAAACCUAUCAGUACUAACUCCAGAACAAUUUCAUCACCCCAUAAAGCAACCCCAUACCCUUUAGCACUUCACACCCCCACCCCUUGGAAGUUGCACUGUAAUUUCUGUCUCCAUGUUUGUCCUUAUUCUGGGCAUUUCAUAUAAAUGAAAUCAUACAAUA